CUCGGCCCAGAGGCCUGAUCGCUCUUUUCCCUCUUCCGCGCUGUUGGGGCGGCCAUCCUCUUCUCACUCUCUGGAAGAUUUAACAUCGAAGCCGCUAAAAUGCGUAUCUACAAGUGUCUCAUCAGCGGUGAUGAGAUGUUCUCGGACAUCUACAAAGUCAAAGUAUCCGAUAGCGGCAUCUUCUAUGAAGUUGAAGGAAAGACCGUCACCAGGACAGAAGGGUUUGACGAGGCUUUAAUAGGUGCCAACGCCUCUGCUGAGGAAGCGAUAGAGGGCACUGAGUCCAGCUCCGUCUCAGGCGUCGACAUUGUCCUUAACCACAAACUGCAGGAGACAGGCUUCACCAAGAAGGCGUACAUGACCUACAUCAAGGAAUACAUGAAAGCCAUCAAGACCAAGCUCGAGGAGGGCAACCCAGAUAGAGUGAAGGAAUUUAUGCAAGAUGCCCAGACAGAAAUUAAGAAGAUCCUCGGAAACAUCGAUAACUACCAGUUUUUCACAGGGGAGAAAAUGGACCCAGAGGGCAUGGUUGGACUGCUGGACUACCGUGAAGAUGGCAUCACACCAUUCAUGCUUUUCUUCAAAGAUGGUCUGGAGGUUGAGAAAUGUUAACUACCUGAAACUACAUCUGCUUUUCAACUGGCCGCUGCUUCCUGAAUGCUCCCACCCAAACACCCCCCUGCCCCUCCCCACCCUGUAAGACCAGACAGCAGGAGCACUAUUUUACAUCAUGCCUGAACAGAAACAUUCUUGUAAAUUCACAUCGUGGCCCACCGCACUAAUCCAGAGGCUGGGUGAAUCAAACAUGAUUAGUCACUGAAUACAGUUUUUAAACUUUCUUUUGGCUUUUGCAGUGUUUGAUUUGUGUCCCAGGAUUAGCCCAGUUUUUGUAAUUUGAAAAGUGAAAAAAAAGAAGGCAGGGUGGUGAGUGGUCGUCUUCUGCCUGUGUUUUAGCAAUGAUCCAUAGACAGGUCGACCACCUCAGACCUCUUUGGGUUUUUUGGUUGCAUUAAAUACAAUUCCAUCUUCCUCGAAAAAGACUUGUAGUUUUAAUUUGAAAAUAAAAUCUAGCACCACCA